AUGACUCCCACUCUCAUGGCCCUGCUCUGCCUUGGGUUGGGUCUGAGCCCCAAGACCCACGUGCAUGCAGGUACCCUCCCCAAACCUACCCUCUGGGCUGAACCAGGCAAUGAGAUCCCCUUGGGGAGCCCCGUGACCAUGUGGUGUCAGGGGACCCCAGAAGCCCAGGAAUACUAUCUGGAAAGAGAGGAAUUCUCAGCUUUCUGGGAGAAAGAGAUACUACCGAAGCCUGGGAACCAGGCCAAGUUCCAAUUCAAACACAUGACAGAGCGCUACACAGGGCGAUAUCGCUGUCUCUAUCGCAGCCCUGCUGGAUGGUCAGAUCGCAGUGAGCCCCUGCAGCUUGAAGAGAGAGGAUUUUAUAUCCCACUCACACUCUCAGCCCUGCCAAGCCCUCUGGUAACCUCAGGAGGGAAGGUGACCCUCAAGUGUGCCUCAUGGGAGAAAUUUGACAAAUUCAUUCUGACUGAGGAAGGAGAUCAAAACCUCUCCAGGACAUUGGACUCACAGCAAACCUCCUAUGGGCAGUUCCAGGCCCUGUUCCAUGUGGGCCCUGUGACCCCCAGCCACAGGUGGACAUUCAGAUGCUAUGGCAGUUAUAGGAAUGUCUCCCGGGAAUGGGUGGGUCCCAGUGACCCUGUAGAGCUCUUGGUGUCAGGUGUGUCUAGGAAGCCCUCCCUCCUCACCAACCAUGGCACUGUCCUGGCAAUUGGACAGAGCCUGACCCUCCAGUGUCGCUCUGAUGUAGGCUACGACAGAUUCACACUGUUCCAGGAUAGUGGAUAUGUCCUCACCCAGCGCCCUGGCUGGCAGCCCCAGGCUGGGCUCUCUCAGGCUGACUUCCCCCUGGGUCCUGUGUGGAGCUCCCACGGGGGUCAGUACCGAUGCUACGGUGGAUACAGCCACUCCUCCGAGUGGUCAGCCCCCAGUGACCCUCUGGAAAUCUUGAUCACAGGAGAGCUACUGGAUAUGCCCUCCCUCUCAGUGCAGCCGGGCCCCAGGGUGGCCUCAGGAGAGGAUGUGACCCUGCUGUGUCAGUCACCAAACACGAUGGACACUUUCCUUCUGAUCAAGGAGGGGGCAGUCAAUCCCCCCCUGCGCCUCAGAUCAAAGCCCAGAGCUGGACAGUACCAGGCUGAAUUCUCCAUGAAUCCUGUGACGUCAGCCCACAGGGGGACUUACAGAUGCUAUGGCUCACCUGGACGUGCCCUCUACCUGGUGUCACUGCCCAGUGACCCCCUGGAGCUUGUGGUCUCAGGAGCACCUGACACCAUCACCCCCUCACAGAAUAAGUCAGCCCAAGCCCCAAACCCCCAGGAUCACACUGUGGAGAAUCUCAUCCGUAUUGGCAUUGCUGGCUUGAUCCUGGUGGCCCUGGGGAUUCUGCUGUUUCAUGAAUGGCACAGCCAGAGAAGCCCCCAAGAUGCCACCAGGAAGUAACUCCAGAGACAGCAAUGCACCAUCCAGAGUGGGAGAGCCUUGGAAGUAACUCUGAUGCUCCCAGGAGGUUCUGGAAGAAAAUCUAUGGUACGUGCUAUCUGGACUGUCUGCUGGUUACUUCUGGAGGGGAGAAUCAUGUUCGAGCACAGGGAGGCUGUGUGGAGUGUGUCUGAAUAGGACAUUAAACCGAUACUUUUCCUCU